AUGGAGAAACAUGAGAGAUAUCUGCAAGCCAACAACAAAGAAUUCAACAGUAUUUUUGGAUAUCCGAACAAUACCAUCAAGACCUCAAAAUAUAGUGUCUUUAAUUUCCUGCCCCUGAACCUAUUUGAACAGUUCCGGAGACUUGCAAAUGCAUAUUUCCUCAUUUUGCUAUUUUUACAGUUGAUUCCCCAGAUCUCCUCCUUGCCAUGGUAUACAACUAUGACACCCCUGAUGGUGGUGCUGUCCGUAACAGCCGUGAAAGAUGCCAUCGAUGACCUGAAAAGGCAUCAAAGUGACGAUCAAGUCAACAACUGGCCUGUUCUGCUACUGGCGAAUGGCAACUAGAUGAAGGAGGACAAAUGGAUGAGUGUUCAAGUGGGAGAUAUAAUAAAACUAGAAAAUAAUCAGCCUGUCACGGCAGAUAUACUAUUACUCUCUAGCAGUGAGCCAUAUAGUCUGACAUACGCAGAGACAGCAGACCUGGAUGGUGAAACCAACCUGAAAGUGAAGCAGGCCAUCUCAGUUACCAGUGACAUGGAAGAUUGCCUGGAGCUUCUGUCUGCCUUUAAUGGAGAAGUGAGAUGUGAGGCUCCCAAUAACAAAUUGGACAAAUUCUCAGGAAUACUGACCUAUAAGGGGAAAAACUACUUCCUGGACCAUAAUAAGCUGCUACUCCGAGGCUGCAUCAUCAGGAAUACAGAUUGGUGCUAUGGCUUGGUGAUCUACACUGGGCCAGAUACCAAAUUAAUGCAGAAUAGUGGAAAGUCCACUUUUAAACGAACACAGAUAGACCAUUUCAUGAAUGUCCUUGUACUCUGGAAUUUCCUGGUUUUAGACAUCAUGUGUUUUGUCCUAGCAGUUGGGCAUGGCAUUUGGCAGAACAAGAAAUGCUACCACUUCCAGAUUUUUCUGCCAUGGGAAAAAUAUGUCUCUUCAUCAGCUGUCUCUGCCAUCCUCAUAUUCUGAUCCUACUUCAUUAUUCUCAAUACCAUGGUGCCCAUUUCCCUCUAUGUCAGUGUUGAAAUAAUAAGAUUGGGCAACAGUUUAUAUAUCAACUGGGAUUGGAAGAUGUUUUAUGCACCAAGGAACACACCAGCACAGGCUCGUACUACCACCCUCAAUGAGGAGCUCGGCCAAGUCAAAUAUGUGUUCUCUGACAAAACAGGGACUCUGACUCAGAACAUUAUGAUUUUCAACAAAUGUUCUAUUAAUGGGAAGCUCUAUGGUGAUACUUGUAACGAGGAUGGACAGAGGGUGACGGUCUCUGAGAAAGAAAAGGUCGACUUCUCCUACAACAAACUGGCUGAUCCUGGGUUUUCAUUUUAUGACAAGACUUUGGUGGAAGCAGUGAAAAAGGGAGAUCACUGGGUGCACUUGUUUUUCCGCUCACUCUCAUUGUGUCAUACCGUGAUGUCAGAAGAAGAAGUAGAAGGCAUGCUGAUGUACCAGGCUCAGUCACCAGAUGAAGGUGCCCUGGUCACUGCUGCCAGGAACUUUGGUUUUGUGUUCCGUUCCCGCACGUCUGAGACAGUCAUAGUGGUCGAAAUGGGGAAAACCAGAGUCUACCAACUGCUGACUAUUUUGGACUUCAACAAUGUGCACAAGAGGAUGUCUGUUAUUGUGCGGACACCUGAAGAUCGGAUAAUGUUGUUUUGCAAGGGUGCAGACACUAUCAUCUGUGAACUGCUUCAUCCAUCCUGUAGUUCCCUCUGUGAUGUGACCAUGGAACAUUUAGAUGAUUAUGCCAGUGAAGGCCUCCGCACCCUAAUGGUGGCCUACCGAAAGUUGGAUGAAGCAUUCUUCCAGGUGAGCAGGAGGCACAAUGAAGCCCGCUUGUCUUUGGAGAAUCGGGAAAGCAAAUUAUCAAGUGUCUAUGAAGAAGUCGAAAAAGACUUGAUGCUGUUAGGGGUCACAGCCAUAGAAGACAAGCUACAAGAUGGAGUACCUGAGACAAUCAUCAUCCUGAACAAAGCCAAAAUUAAACUAUGGGUUUUAACUGGAGAUAAGCAAGAGACUGCUGUGAACAUUGCCUAUUCCUGUAAUCUAUUUGAGGAUGAAAUGGAUGAGGUUUUCAUCGUGGAAGGCAGGGAUGAUGAGACUAUUCGGAAAGAACUCAGGACAGCAAGGAACAAGAUGAAACCCAAAUCUCUCCUGGAUUCAGACCCCAUAAACAUUUACCUCACCACAAAGCCCAAACUAUCUUUUGAAAUACCUGAGGAGGUGGCCAAUGGCAACUUUGGCUUGAUCAUCAAUGGCUACAGUCUGGCCUAUGCUCUGGAAGGGAACCUGGAGUUGGAACUGCUGCGAACAGCAUGCAUGUGCAAGGGGGUGAUCUGCUGCCGGAUGACACCCCUUCAGAAGGCCCAGGUGGUAGAGCUGAUGAAGAGGUACAAGAAGGUGGUGACACUGGCCAUCGGGGAUGGGGCCAAUGACGUCAGCAUGAUCAAAGCUGCCCACAUUGGGGUUGGCAUCAGUGGCCAUGAGGGACUGCAGGCCAUGCUCAACAGCAACUUCGCCUUCUCCCAGUUCCACUAUCUUCAGCGUCUACUCUUGGUCCAUGGCCGCUGGUCUUAUAAUCACAUGUGCAAGUUUCUCAGCUACUUCUUUUAUAAGAACUUCACCUUCACCCUGGUGCACUUCUGGUAUGCCUUCUUUAAUGGGUUCUCUGCACAGACAGUUUAUGAGACCUGGUUUAUCAUGUGCUACAAUCUGGUCUACACUUCCCUCCCUGUCCUGGGCAUGAGUCUGUUUGAUCAGGAUGUGAAUGAGACAUGGAGCCUCCAUUUCCCAGAGCUGUAUGAGCCAGGCCAGCACAACCUCUAUUUCAACAAGAAGGAAUUUGUGAAGUGUUUAAUGCAUGGGAUCUACAGUUCCUUCGUGUUGUUCUUUGUCCCCAUGGGGACUCUUUACAAUGCAGAACGAAAUGAUGGGAAGGACAUCUCCGACUACCAGUCCUUCUCCCUGGUGGUGCAGACCUCCUUGAUCUGGGUGGUCACAAUGCAGAUCGCCCUGAGGACAACCUACUGGACAAUGAUAAGCCAUGUCGUCAUCUGGGGUAGCCUGGGUUUCUACUUUUGCAUGUCAUUCCUCCUGUACAGCGAUGGCUUGUGCCUAGCAUUCCCUGACGUCUUCCAAUUCCUAGGUGUGGUCAGGAAUUCUCUGAACCAGCCGCAAAUGCUGCUGAGCAUUAUCCUCAGUGUGGUCCUCUGUAUGUCGCCUGUGAUUGGGUACCAAUUUCUUAAACCACUAUUCUGGCCUAUCAGCGUGGACAAGGUUUUUGACAGAAUUCAAGAGUGCAGGAGACUUCCACGGCAGUUCCCAGUCCGGACCAAACUGAAACACUCAAGUGCUCGACGUUCUGCCUAUGCAUUCUCCCAUAAACAUGGCUUUGGGGCCCUCAUCGCUUCUGGCAAGACAAUGAAGUCCAGGAUGUCCAAGAGAAACACCCUUUUUUCAAAAAGAUAG